CUCCAAUUUUCUUUGGCAGCAUUGAACUCCUAGCUGAGCUGACGGGGUUGUUACAUUUUUUCUUCGCGGCAACUUAGCAGAGUUGGAAAGGUAACCAAGAAUUGACAUACGAAGGUCGGUGCGAUAGAGAAGUCGUGCUUUCAUUGUGUCCAGCACGUUGGGAGGAGAGCUGCGUAUGAAGGUUCUCGGCAAUGGCUUUCUAUUCCCCAGUGUCGGCCGGUGGCGCGUCGUUCGAUCAUUUCGGAAUCCCAACCUUGUGCACGCAUUCCGGGGUGUCUACCGUUCUGUCACUACCGUUUGUUCGAGGUCGAUCGCUUCUGCAUGUUCGGGAGGCAGCCUUAUUACCCGGCUCAGUGCCCAUAGCCCCCCUCCCAUCACAGGAUUCGAAACGAGACAAUCGUACAAGGCAAAGGCACCCGGUGCACAUACCAAACCUCGUAGAGAGAGAAAAAGACAGAAGCGGCGAACGCCGAGAAAACCGAAGGUUUCGCAAGUAGUCAAGCUUCAUAUGCAACGACGAGAAGCACUACGUUCCGCCCUGCUUCGGAAUCUCCAAGCCGGGGCGCGUAUUCAUUCCAACCUUCAAUCUGUGACAUCUACACCGAGGAGUCGGAGUGACCCACACAACGUAAAAGGAGGCACGGAGCAGGCUUCCUCGACCUUGGAGACGUGCAGCGCUAUCGACCAAGAGGGAAGUGGAUUCAAACCAGACGAGUGGUCCACUGGGUGGGGAAGUGAUGGACUGGCACCUCCCACAACCCUACAGGACACACCAAUGGCUGCCAGGCGUCGACUACCGCCACACUUACAAGCUCGAAUAUAUUCUCGGAGGACGGAGGGUUUUCUUCACGACGAGCCUCGCGUUGGACGCGUAGGGCCAUCCAGUUAUCUUCAAGAUGUCAAGUCUCCUUCGGAACAUAAACCCAUUUCUCAGCUGGCGCACGGGCUUAGUCGUGUUCUGUUCAAUCCGGGCGUACAUUGGUUGCAAGACCCAAGAUCACGGGUGUACAAUUUCACGCCGUGGUUGGAAACCAUACCCAAAGUGAACGAUUUUGCUUUUGACCGUGUCACCGGUUUCGUGAGAAGCUCUCAGGAUAACGACUUACAAAUUCUAGCCAAGCAACACAACCGCCCCUUCGUAGGCUCUACUUCCUCUCUUACAGGUCUCUUAAGUCACGUGUACUUUCUUGUAUCUGGCGACCGGGCAGUCGACACCAGUCCGCUGAGCCGUGCAUUCGCUGACGAGGCCACCACAUUCACACCUGGUCAGCGCAUGCCCACGUCGGUGAUCCUUAAUUAUGAUGACGGCGUAUGGUCGAUUGACUCGGACAAGGCUAAUAUAAUUGCCGAAAAAAACGUCUUGACUUGGAUGGGAACGAUGCUUGAAAAAUUUCUCGUCCUUCCGGAACCAGAGUUCAAGAAACUUCUUCGUUCUUCGCCGGAGCCCCCAGAUGACAAUGAUUCACGGAGGGAAGCGUACCGCUAUGCCAUGUCUGACAGCUUCAUCAUGCGGUCUCAACUCGAUUGCAUAGACUCACGAUUACCAGGCACCGGUGUGUUUGAUAUAAAAACCCGUGCUGCAGUUCCUAUCCGACUAGACAUACUAAACUAUGAGGAGAAUUCGGGUUAUCUAAUCAAGAAGCUCACAGGACCGCUGGAAAGCUUCGAGAAAGAAUAUUAUGACCUUAUUCGUAGUGCUUUCCUAAAAUACAGUUUUCAGGCUCGCAUCGGGAACAUGGAUGGCGUUCUUGUUGCCUACCACAAUACAGCCCGAAUAUUCGGAUUCCAAUACGUUCCUCUCGAGGAGAUGGAAGCGCGCUUAUAUGGUCCCGGCGAUGGGUCGCGCGUGUUUGAUAAGUGUCUCCGCCUACUCGAAUUUGUCCUGAAAGAAGUCGUGGGGGUGUAUGGCCAGCGGAGCGUGAGAUGCACGUUCGACAAGCGGGAUCACGUUAAUGAGAUGGUCGUGUUCGUCGAACCAGUCAAUUGGGUCGAAGCAUCUGAAGGUAAACCGUGUCCGAUCACCCAACUCGAAGUAAGGGUAGAAAACCAUCUCAACGAUGCGCCGGUACGUGGGUCGACGGCAGUUGCAUCUGAUCAACCGUGGCUCAUCCGCUGGACGAUAUCCCAUUCUGCUGCUGAUGGUGUAGACAUUCGCGGUAACCUCUCGCAGAGCCAAAACCGCCAACUUAUUGCACACCACUUCCCAACCGGGGUGACGUCCAUCUCAAAGAUGGCAGCGUACUGGGAUAACAUUAAUUUUGGUGGUCCAGUGUCGAAACCUUCCGAUGGGGACCCACUGUCCUCUUCCCCCAAUACAAAUGCAAAUGACGUCGAAACCAGAGGCGACGAAUGGCACUCCUUGAGGCAAUCACUCGCAUUCCGCACUGCACCUCCCCGGAUCGAGUAUUUGAGAAGACUAGCUCGGGAGGGGCAUGAUGCCACUAUGCGCACGGAAGCCGAAGAAGCGUUAUCUGGGCGGGGAAAGAUCGUAUGGGGUCCAGCCGAUCACUUGGGGGACGUAGUGGAGGACCAGAAUUGCCAGCUUGCGGGCGACAUGUCGGCAUCAGCCGAGGAUGGAGGGGAAGUCGGUAGCGUCAGUGUUUCUGUUGACGAGUCAUGCGUGUCAGCCACCGGUGUCGGGGAAGGUGAGGCGUCGGAUGCAGGUCCAGUUCCUGAGGGACUAGAUAAAACCGCCGAAAAACAGGGCCCAGAGCCAAGUGGAACCACGACGGAUCAUCCCACGGAAGCUAACGUUAGUAACGCCACUCAUUGACUAGAUUCAUAGACAUCGUAUAUAGCAUAGUGUAGAUGAACUUAAUCGUCGUCGUCAGUUUGCGUCGCAUCAGCGAGCGUUCUCACAAGUCUUCCCGAAGUACCAAUUAUGGUGGGGUAGCACCUCGGGGGAUUGUCUCUAGUUUAGCUUGCAC